UUCGCGUUUACAAUAUCAGUAGGAUUUACCCAUUUUAGCAUUACUUGCGACGAUAACUUUACCUUGUUCACUGCAUAUAAAGUAAAUUACCCGAGGCAGAGUUAUUUAAUAGUUCAUAAGAGACGACAAGAGCAUUGAGACAUAAACAACUCGUGAACACGUUACUGAGAGUAUAUUGUUUAUGUAAUGUGAAAAAAAACGUCCUGAUAUUUUUUUGUGUUGAUAUUUGGAACUUUGUAUUUUCGCGAGUGUUUUCGUUUUCGCUUUGAGAAUAUUUGAAAACUUCAUUCGGAUAUAUUCUUUUAAGUAUUUUUGAAUUUAGUAUUUGUGUGUGUUUUGUUUUCUAUUUUGAAAAUAUUUAAGUUAGUUUUGUAGUCGUGUUCCAAGAUAAGUCAUAAAUAGUACCUACAGUUUUAAGGAUUUAAGUUUUUUUCUCAUUUUUACUGAAAAGCUCUACCAUGUGGUUAACAGUAUCAUUAUUGGCAAUAACAGCAGGACUUCUCUACUGGCAGUAUUGGAAGUGGACUCACAAGCGUCUGCUAGAACUCGCAGCAUUAGUACCAGGACCCCCAGCGUUACCUAUACUUGGCAAUGCGCUGAUCUUCAUGGUGAAUCCUGGAGAAAUGUUGGAAAAGAUCUCUGGUCUACAUGACACUUACGGCCAGUAUUUCAGGUUCUGGCUGGGACCUGACUUAAAUAUCAGCAUAAAAAACCCUAAGGACAUCAGGGCCUUACUGACAAGCAACAAAGUGAAUCAAAAAGGCCCAGUAUACAACUUUCUAAUACCGUUUCUUGGAGCUGGUAUUCUCUCGGGAGGCCCAACAUGGCGACCCCACAGGAAGAUAGCAACUCAAUCUUACAACAAGAAGUCUGUGUCGCACUUCACACCGAUCUUUAACCGAGAGGCUGAGCAGAUAGCCAGGGUCAUCAGCAAUAGAGACCCAAAUGUGAAAUUUGAUAUCUACAAAGACGUGGUGGCGUGUACCACGCAGUGUGUCAAUCAAACUCUGAUGGGAUUAUCAAAAGAAGAUUCUCAAGAUCUGAGCAGAAUGGAAGAGAUGGUUAGCAGAACACGAGAGAUGUAUGCCCUUAUUUUCAAAGCGAUGACGAAAUGGUGGCUGCAGAUCCCUUUAAUAUACUGGAUGUUGGGCUACGGUAAAAAACAGAACUACUUUAGAAAGUUAGUCGACGAUUUCACUAGUGAUAUUGUGAAGAGGAGACAGAAAGCCCUGGCUGAAGCUACUCCGAACGAGGAUUGUAUGGGAAUUGUCGACAGAUUCAUUUUGUCUGGGGAUCUAACUGAAGAAGAAAUAAAAUUGGAAACUUUGACUUUGUUUACGACGAGUCAAGAGGCAGCCGCGAAAAUAGCUUCAGGUGUCCUCAUGUUCCUUGCUCAUUUACCAGAUUGGCAGAACAAAGUGUACCACGAGAUUCUGGACUUGGUUGGGCCCAGUGGUCCGGUGACCAGCGAGCAACUGAAACAGCUACAGUACCUCGACAUGGUGUUCAAGGAGACGCUGCGGUACUUCUCCAUAGCCGCCCUCAUCCAGAGGACGGUGGAGGAAGAGAUUACUAUCGAUGAAGGUCGAAUCACUCUUCCUGUGGGCACAUCCCUGGUGAUUCCCAUCCAUCAGCUGCACCGUGACCCUCGGUAUUGGGAAGACCCGCUCAAGGUGAUGCCGGAGCGGUUCCUACCAGAAAAUGUGAAGAAACGAGACCCUAACGCCUUCGUGCCGUUCAGUUUGGGGCCUAUGGACUGCUUGGGCCGAGUAUACGCGACAGCGUUGAUCAAGACAAUAGUAGUGUGGGUGCUAAGAUACACACGUCUAGAACCAGCCGGAUCCCUAGAUAAUAUAAAGCUGCAAGUCGCUAUCUCUGUGGCAUGUGCAGGAGGCUACAACGUUAGGGUCAGACCGAGAAAUGGAAGAAUAAAUGGUUAUGCGUGAA